UUUAUGCACUCCUGCUUCAUAAACACCACCCCAAAGUGCUCAUAAGAGUGAGAGAUUAUUCAGUUUGAGAUACUCAAUGUGCCAUUGCUGAUGGGUAACUACAGGUUCAGAUUGGCAGAUAUGAUACCAAAUGCCUGGUUUUACAAGCUUACAGAUAUGAGCAAAACCAGAAAACACAACACUACUUCUCCCAAGAAAAAACCACCAACCUCUUCAUUCCCACCACAAAGAACCACCCAUCUUUCACAAACCAGAUACUCCUACUACAUCACAACAGACCAACAACCCAACAGAGAUGAAAGGUUCUUCUACAAUUCACCUACAUGCCCCAAAGGCUCAGAUACAAAUUUUCCAGAACAACCAAGAAGGUCAUCCACUAAAAGAAGCAGAAGGAAAGCUGUUUACAGGCCUUCUCCUAAGAAACAUGUCAUUUCUUCCUCUGUUUCAUCAGGCCAUUGUAGCUGUCAAUGUCAUGCCUCAACUCCUGAGUCUCUUGACUACUUUGGCUCAUCUUCAAGUGAGAGAAAUUCCACUGAAACUCAUGACUUUCAUGAAUUGAUUCCAUCCGAGUUCGAAAGCGACCAGUUGGGUGCUAGUGAGUUUGGCUCUUAUAGCUGCAGAGUAAGUUCUUCAACUUCUGAUACUAUCAUUGACAAGAAAAAAGAAGGCUCAACCAACAAAGUCCAUGAUCGGUUUGACAUGAUCUCGGAGUUAGAGCUUCCUCCAAUCUUGACAAAGCCAACGAAGCUUGAUGAUCGUAGUAAGGCCAUUGAGUCCACCAAGUUCAGGAAGAGUACGUCAUCCAAAUUGAAGGAAACAAAAGGGCACCAGUCUCUUUCUGUGAAGAUUGUCAAGGAAGAAAGAAGCAGUAGUAGGAUACAGAAGGACCAAAAGACAGCAGCUCCUUACGUUCGGAACUCGUCUGCUUCUCCAACCGGCAUAAGGCUUCGAGGCAACUCUCCGAGACUAGCAAGCAAGAAACUUCAGCAGCCCUUUGGUAGUAAAAAGAGUGUGUCAAAGAAUAGAGGAGGCAUUUCGGACAGCUUUGCAGUUGUGAAGUCCUCACUUGACCCUCAGAGGGACUUCAAGGACUCAAUGAGGGAGAUGAUCAUGGAGAAUAACAUCAAGGAAUCUAAGGAUUUGGAAGACCUCCUUGCUUGUUAUCUUUCACUCAACUCAAGGGAAUACCAUGAUCUCAUUGUCAAGGCUUUCGAGCAAAUCUGGUUCGAUAUGGCUCGCAUUAAAAUCUGAGAUUCUCAGGUUAAAUUUCAUAAGCUAUGAUGACUACUUUCCUUCUCAAUUCUAGGUUCAUCUUAUUCUUAUAUCUCUAGGAAAGCUGGCAUUACUUGUUUCUCUGCUCUGUUUGGAAAUUAAGCAUGCAUCCUAUGAGCAGUCAAGUUGCUUUUGAUCAAGUUUCUAUUAUG